AAGGAUUUUUGAUUUUAUUUAAUAUUUCACUUGAUGCGACAAGCCCUCCUCUUUCUUUCUCUCUCUCCAACAAGAGCUUAGCGGCGAGAAAAGGUAAAACCCGUUGGGCUGUUCAUCUCAACCACAGCUUCCCUUUCAAGUUCCAACGAAAGAAUUGAGUUUGGAAUAUAAUGGCAUCGAAGUUACAGCAAUUGCAGUCAAAGGCUUGUCAGGCAACACAAUUUGUGUCGAAGCAUGGGACAACCUACUACAAGCAAAUGUUGGAGCAAAAUAAACAAUAUGUGAAAGAACCACCAACUGUCGAGACUUGUAAUGAAUUAGCCAAGCAACUCUUUUACACUCGUCUUGCCAGCAUUCCAGGGAGAACAGAGUCAUUCUGGAAGGAAAUAGAUUACGUAAAGAACAUGUGGAAGCACAGGCAGGAGCUCAAAGUUGAGGAUGCUGGCAUUGCUGCUCUUUUUGGUAUUGAAUGUUUUGCUUGGUUUUGUGCCGGUGAGAUUAUUGGAAGGGGUUUCACUUUUACUGGUUACUAUCCGUGAUACCCAGGCCCCAACUCACGAAUUUUGUUGGGAACUUCGAUUUUCACAUUGUCACACUAUCUCUCAUAAGCAUGAAAUUCUUUCUUACAUGCAAGAUUUUUGUUGUUUUUUUCCUCAUUAUGUAUGCGGAGCUGAGAAACCAAUAUUAGUUAUUUCAAACCUUAAAUAAAUUAGUAUAUUCAGUAUUUUGGAUUCCCGUUUAUGUGAAGUGGGCUUAAGAUUCCAAGUCUUGUGUUUAUUGAAUGACACUGCUACUGCUGUGAGUGUAGCUCUAAGAAUUGUUUCAAAUGUCGGGUACUGAAUACCCGUGAUAUCUCACUUCACAUACUAAUGUUUUC